AUGGUCACGGCCGAGGCCGCAGCCGUUGAGGAGAACCUAGCCUCCGCUCUCACCAUCAAGCCCAUCACCAAACUGCUCGUUGCCAACCGCGGCGAGAUCGCCAUUCGCGUCAUUCGCUCCUGCCAGGAGCUCGGCAUUCCCGUUGUCGCAGUCUACUCUACCGCCGAUCGCGAUGCGCUUCACGUCUCACUCGCAGACGAGGCCGUGUGCAUUGGCGAUGCGCCUUCCGCGAAGAGCUAUCUUAGCAUCCCCAAUCUCCUCGCUGCUUGCUCCGUCACCAAGGCCGAUGCCAUUCACCCGGGGUACGGAUUUCUCAGCGAGAAUGCAGAGUUUGUGGAUAUCUGCGCCAGCAUGGACAUCACAUUUGUCGGACCGUUGGCUGAAUCCAUCGCCAAGAUGGGAGACAAGGCUACGGCAAAGGCCACAAUGAUCGAUGUAGGUGUACCUUGCGUUCCUGGAUCACGUGGCUUAGUUGAAAGCGAGGAGGACGCUAAAAAUCAAGCCGCUGACAUGGGUUAUCCCGUCAUGCUCAAGGCAACUGCUGGAGGCGGUGGUCGCGGCAUCAAGAUUGUGUGGGAGGAUGCAGAGGUAGAGAUGGCGUUUAAGACAUGCGCCGCAGAAGCUGAAGCGGCUUUUGGUAACGGUGGCCUUUACAUGGAAAAGUAUGUUCAGGCUCCGCGUCACGUCGAAAUACAAGUCUUGGCAGAUAAUUACGGAAACGUAAUUCACUUGGGAGAGAGGGAUUGCUCGGUGCAACGUAGAAAUCAGAAGCUAAUUGAGGAAGCACCGUCCCCGGCGCUGACUGAGACGCUACGUGAGCAGAUGGGCGCGGCAGCUGUCAACGCGGCGAAGGCUAUUGGAUAUCGCGGGGCUGGUACAGUUGAGUUUUUGCUGGACAAGUCUGGGGAGUUCUAUUUCAUGGAAAUGAACACGCGAAUUCAGGUUGAGCAUCCGGUAACAGAGUGUAUCACCGGGGUUGAUCUGAUUCAGCAGCAGAUCCGAGUGGCGGAAGGACACGAGCUGACGCUGAAGCAAGAGGACGUUGUGCUUCGCGGACAUGCAAUCGAGGCACGCGUGAACGCCGAGGACCCGUUGCAUAACUUCCGACCCAUGCCUGGGCAGGUGACGGGCUUUCUGGCGCCUGGCGGGAACGGGGUGCGGUGGGACGGGCAGGUUUUCACGGGGUGGAGAAUCCCGCCUAACUAUGACUCGUUGCUGGGCAAGCUUAUCGUGUGGGCGCCGACGAGGGCCGAGGCGAUUUCCAAACUCAAGAGAGCUCUUGGAGAGACAGCGGUACAAGGCGUGCCCACGACGAUCCCGUUCCAUUUGGAGGUGCUGGAAAACGAGGUGUUUCAAGAUGGGUCAGAAAUUUACACCAAUUUUAUCGAAACCGAGGGUAUUCUAGACACUUUGAAGGAGAAGAAGGGCAAAUAAGGGGUGGAAAGGGGGAAACGAUAGUAGUGUAUCUAUACGGUUUGAAUAAAGAGAUGUAAGGGGUGGGUGUUGAGGUCUUGGAAAAGACAGAGUUUGGUCUGUUGA